GAGCAAAGUUGAAAGUUGAAAGGUUGAUGUUUGCGUGAGGUUAAUAUCCCAUCAUCCAAUGCGAUGUGACGUCAUUGGCAUAGUAACAUUACCGCUUGGAGGAAGCGCUUAGAUCGUGAAAAAAAUGGGUCUUCUAGCCCUUCUGCGUAAGCUGAAGAGCAAUCCUGAGAAGGAACUGAAAAUUCUCCUCCUGGGACUUGACAACGCUGGCAAGACAACUCUACUUAAGCACUUAGCGUCAGAAGAUAUCUCGCAUAUCACUCCCACACAGGGUUUCAACAUCAAGAGUGUGCAAUCAUCAGGCUUCAGGCUCAAUGUGUGGGACAUUGGAGGUCAGAGGAAGAUCAGACCCUACUGGAAGAACUAUUUUGAGAAUAUUGAUAUCGUGAUCUAUGUGAUAGACAGUUCAGACCGCAAGCGGUUUGAGGAGACAGGAGAGGAAUUGGCAGAGUUGUUAGAAGAAGACAAGUUGGCGGGCGUGCCCAUGCUCAUUUUCGCCAACAAGCAAGACCUGUUCAACGCUGCGAAUGCCUCGGAGAUUUCGGAAGGCCUGGGCCUGGGCUCGAUGCGGCGCAGGUGGCAGAUCCAGCCGUGCUCCGCCAUGUCAGGAGAGGGUGUGCAGGAGGGUAUGGAAUGGGUCAUGCAGACGGUCAACAAGAAGUGACACGGCGGCUGUAUCAGCCCCUUACACAGCCUCACCUAAUGCAGGGAUAUCUCAAUCGACUGUAUGGCCUGUACAUGUACAUAUAAGUACCAACUGAUCCACAAGACUUCUGAACAAAGAAAGAAAAAAAAUCAUUCUUCUCACAAUUUUUAUCUCAUAAAUAUGUACAGCUGGUAGAAAAAGGCAAGGCAUUCCCACAAUUUUUGGCGACUUACAUAUAAGGCCAUGUGGAUUUGAUUAUAUGGAUGACAUCUUCAAAACUGAUGUGUGUGUGUGUGGAAAUGAAAAAAAAAUCUUGUCAAAAAAAAGUUGCUUUUAUGAUAAAAAUCUAAAUUAUAAGUGGUUAAGAAAGUUGAACACACAUACUCUGUAUGACAUACAAAUUCUGAACAAUUAUUUUUUCAUUUUUGUUCUUUCACAUUUUCUUUGACUUUGGCAUUCUACGACAUUGGUAUCAAUAUUGCAUAAUAUAUCCUCUCAUUUUGCAGCUACUUUGUACAAUCAAUUUUUUUUAUCAUCGAAAAUUGAUGUCAUCUGUAUAAUUGAAUCAACAUGGCCUGUAAAUGUGUAUUAUUAUUGUAAUUCAGCACACAUUCCAUGCUAUAUGGUCCUAUAACAAAUGCAUUUUCGCGAGUUGAUUUCUCAAUAGUACUUAUUGUAAGGAAGAGGCGGUACAUGUGUUUGCAUUCCAUAUAGUGGGGGGGAAGCUUAGUGAAAAUUGUUUAAGAAAUGUGUUUAGGUAAUGUCAGAAAAUACAAAAGAACAAAGAUUCAGAGAGAUAGGCUAUGUUUUAAGUAUUGCAGUUUGUAAGAACAGUGUUUUUUGUGUCUAUCCUCAAGACUGUAUAGUCUUUGUAUGCUGUAUGAAGUAAUUACCAAUUUGUGAAAGAUAGAUAAUACACAACAAGUGUGCUUUGAAUCCUGUCAUCUUUUAUCAUGUGUGAGUUGGCAGAAUAUGUGUCUGGCAGCUUGUAAUAAAAAAAACACAGCUUUUUCCGUAAUUUGGUAGACGAGCUACGCUAUUUCCAAUAAAAGGUGUUUUGGAUGUAGAACCUGGUUGAGUCACAAAACAAUGUGUACUUGGUAAAAUAUACUCCUUUUUUGUAACACCAGGAACAUUUUUUGUGGAUACAAUCAUUAAAGAGUUUUGUAGAAAUAAAGUGAGUAACCGACUGCUAUAGGUUAUAUGAA